AUGAAUGAAGUAAAUCAAUCCGUGGUAUCAGAAUUUGUGCUUUUGGGACUUUCCCACUCACAGAAUCUUCAGGUUUUGCUCUUUGUGAUAUUUUUGAUAGUUUAUCUGCUCAUUCUGUCAGGAAAUAUUGUCAUUGUGAUCUUAAUAACCAUUGACCGUCAUCUCCAUUCCCCUAUGUAUUUCUUGCUAGCCAACCUGUCCUUUGUUGAUAUAUGGCUUUCCUCAGUUACCACUCCAAAAAUGGUCACAGACUUUCUCAGGGAAAACAAGACCAUUUCCUUUGCAGGCUGCAUGUCCCAGGUCUUCUUUGACCAUUGCAUCGGUGCAGCAGAGAUGGUGUUGUUACUGGUGAUGGCUUAUGACCGCUAUGUGGCCAUCUGCAAACCACUCCACUAUUUCACCAUUAUGAACCUGAAAAGAUGUGCUGCACUGGUGUUAAUUUCCUGGACAAUUGGCUUUGUACAUGCCUUGAGUCAACUUGUACCAGUUCUGCAACUACCUCUCUGUGGCCCAUUGGAAAUAGACAGUUUUUUCUGUGACAUACCACUGGUAAUCAACCUAGCCUGCAUGGAUUCCCAUGACUUGGAUACUUUAGUAAAUGCUGACUGUGGGGUUGUGGUUGUAACUUGCUUUAUUCUGUUGCUUAUAUCCUAUACAUAUAUUCUUAUCACUGUUCAUCAGAGUUCUAAGACUGGGGCAUCUAAAGCCCUGUCCACAUGCACUGCCCACAUCACUGUGGUGUUGCUUCUUUUUGUGCCCUGUAUCUUCAUCUAUGUGUGGCCCCUCAAUAUCACCUGGUUUGACAAAUUUCUUGCUGUGUUUUAUUCUGUUGUUACACCUCUCCUAAAUCCAGCCAUUUAUACACUGAGAAAUAAAGAUAUAAAACAUUCUCUAAAGAGAUUAAAAGGAUAUUUUAUGAAUCACAGGGUAAGGGUAAAUACUUAA